UUAAGAUAUUUUCGGAGAAGAUAGAUACAAAACAUUCUCAUAUAUAUCAACAGAAAAAAGAAUUUAUCAACCCAAUCGUCGCUAGUUACAAAUCACAUUUGCUGACCCAAUUUUCCAACCAAGCACACACACACACACACACACACAAUCAAUUUCUUUCUUUUAUGGGUGGUGGGAUAGCUAUGAGAGCGGCGGCAAAGGCUGCCGGAAUGGGUGCAUUCACCACCCGUUUCCGCGGCGGAGAUAACCCAGUUGUCUCCGUCGCACGGCGGACCGCGCUUUCUUCUGUCGCUAACUCAGGGGAGGAUAUAAAAUUGGUGAUUAAUAGUAAGAAUGACGUCGAAAGUGUUGAAAAGCCUCUGCUUGAUGAUUGGGAAUUUGCUGGAGAAGAAGAAGAUGAACUUUUUAUGGACCCUGGUGAACCUAGUCUGCCCAGGCUUGUGUUUGGCGGCGUACCCACUAUUCAAGAGGCUACCCAGGCUACUGAUGAUCUUAAAUUUGCUCUUCAACAGACUUAUCUGUCUACAAAUGCCACUUAUGGACAACAGUCAUCGGAUUCUGAGAAUGUGGUGGCUGGGCCUGAUGUUGCUAGCCAAAAUGUGGUACCCCACUCGCCUACAAAUCAUGCAAUGCAAGCGUUUAGGCUUUUUAAUGAUAGUCCUAGUGCUCGGACUGUUGUUGCUUCAAUUGCUUCGGAUCCAAAUGUCUGGAAUGCAGUUCUGCAAAAUGCCGAUCUUGUGGAUUAUUUGCAAACCCAGAGGACAGAAACGGACCCACAUGUAGAGGUUGUUUUACCAGAAACGGACCCAAUGGUGAAUCAUUCGUCUGAUGAGAGUUCAGAGACUGGUGAUUCUAAAUCUGGACCAGGAAAAGGUUUCAUGGAGUAUGUGGUGGACGUUAAGCAGAAGAUCUCUGUUACAGUGGUGGGUAUGAUGAACAGCUUAUCAGAUACCUUCCAGUCUUUUUUUGGUGGUUUAGGUAAAGAUGAAUUUACUGUGAAUCACGAUGGAACUGCUGCUAUAUCUGCGGAGAAAGCCGUGAUUGGAGCAAGCUUAAUGGGAUUGGCGAUAAUGGUGAUUUCCGUGGUGGUUCUUAAGCGCCCAGCUCUUUAAUUUGUCGAAAAUGCUGGGAGCCAUUUUAGCUUAUGAAUGCAGCUAUACAGUUUGCUUGAACCUUGUAAUGUCAAUUGAUAUAUCUUUGCUUUACGUUCAUAUGUUAUGGGAUUCAACUUAAUAAGUUAAUUUCUCCGCUAAUACAUACAAAGUUUUGAA